AUGGGUUUCGGUGAUUAUCCUAAGGAAUAUAACCCUGCAGUCCACGGGCCCUAUGACCCUGCCCGUUAUUAUGGCAAACCUGAUACUCCAUUCGGACAGGUGAAAAUUAAUGAGCUCGGCUCAUGGUUGGCACGCAGGAAUAAGUCGCCUCAGGCCAUCGCUGGAGCCUUCAGCCGAGCCUGGUGGAGGUGGCAACACAAGUAUGUGCAGCCCAAGAAGGUGGGCAUUGCUCCAUUCUUCCAGCUGCUGGUUGGCAGCAUGACAUUCUUCUAUGUUAUCAACUACGGAAAGAUGAAGCACCACAGGAACUACAAAUACCACUAA